GAGUUUGCGGCAGCCAAAAAGCGAUGAGCUCAGCUAAAGUGCCGGGACUCUCGGAUAGAUUUCUAAUAUGUCUUAGUCUCAACAGGCUGGAAACCAACGCUGCUCUUUUGUGGUCUCUGCCUCUGGGGAGUCCACAAGCUGUAAAUCUAACGGACAGCCAGCCGUGCAGCUUCCGGCCGCGCCACGUCUGAGGAAAAAGCCUUUUCUGCGAGAAAAACCAAGAUUUCAUUUUCAGGAUGGAAAGUCCAUCAGACUCAGCUGCGGUUUUACCUAACACUCCUCAGGUCUCUGCAAUUCCAUCAUCUCCCUAUACAAGUAGUUCACGAAAACAACCUAUGAGUGCAACACUUAGAGAAAGAUUAAGGAAAUCAAGAUCUUCAUUUAAUUCCUGUUACAAUGUGGUGAAACGUCUUAAAGUAGAGAAUGAAGAAAAUGAUCAGACCUUUUCAGGGAAACCAGCAUCUUCCACAGAGGAAAACUGUUUGGAAUUUCAAGAAAGUUUUAAAUACAUAGACAGUGAAGUUGAAGAAAAUACUUUGAAGAAUCUCAGUGUCUGUGAAUCUCAGUCGCUUAAUUCUGGGUCAUGCAGUGCUCUCCAAAAUGAGUUUGUGAAUGAGAAUCUUCCCAAACAAAGAUUAAGCGAUGAAAAAGCCAAAUUGGUGAAGCAGGUUCAGGAAAAAGAAGACCUUCUUCGGAGGCUAAAACUAGUCAAAAUGUAUAGAUCAAAGAAUGAUCUAUCUCAGUUACAGUUGUUAAUAAAGAAGUGGAGAAGAUGUAGCCAACUGUUGCUUUAUGAGUUGCUGUCAGCUGUGUCUGAAGAGAACAAGAAACUAAGCCUUACUCAAUUGAUAGACCACUAUGGGUUAGAUGAUAAAUUGCUACACUAUAACAGAAGUGAAGAAGAAUUUAUAGAUGUUUAAUUCUUGAUAUUUGCUCCAGAAUAUCUUUGAUAAUGACAACUUAAUUAAAAGAUAAUUAUGCAUUUUAAAAGGAAGAUAGAAGCCAUUAGGGCUCAGAGGAAGGUAUUCCGAUACACAUCAAUUAAGGGCACUCUAAUAUAUAAAUUAUAAACUAAGUUCUAAAAGGAAAAUUAGUAUUUUGGAUAGAUUGCCAAAGAAAAAUUGACAUUUAUAUCAUGUUUAAAAAGUUAUUUGGGCAGUUCUGGAAACUAGUUUUAAUACAUUUGUUUUUUUGUGGCAAAAAGUUUUAUUUUAAAUGUCAAAAAUUGUCCAGUCUGGUGAAUGUCUAAAGUUUAAAAAUUUCUGCCUCUCUCCUAAGUUUAUGCACCUUGUUUCCAUCCAUUUACCACAUAUUUUCAUCUAAAAAUCUAGCAGGUCAUUAAACUCAUAUGUCCAAAACUGUA